AUGUGCCUUAAUCAAAGAUCAAGAGAUCGCCUCACAAUCGAGCAAAAGUAUCGCACUAUUAGGCACAACAUGUGCUUUCCUAAUCUGACGCAAAUGCAACUCGGUCAAUGGGCUCAAAAGGAAUUCAACCUUCAUCACUCAAUCAAGAAAAAAACUGUAUCGAACCUCUUGAAUUCACAGGACAAGAUGACCAAAGCUUACGAGGGAGGAAAUUUGAAGGGAAAAAGCAGCAGAGCCUUGACAAUGCCGCAAUUGGACAAUGACAUUUUGGAGUACAUUCAAGCUAUGAAUGCAAAAUCACUUCCUGUCAAUCGUGGAACUAUUGCAGCUUUUGCAAAAGUAGUCGCACGCAGAAACUCAGUCAACUUAACAUCAUCUAUUGUUGUCGAAGAACUCAGAAAGAUUGAAGAAUUGUUGGAGCCAUAUGAUUCCAAGGAUAUUCUCAACUUUGAUGAAACUGGCUUAUACUACGAGCAACAACUAACUCGCGCCAUUUGUCAGGAACCUUUAGGUGGAUCAAAGAAAAGCAAGAACAGAUUCACAGUUGGACUAAUCACCAACUAUUAUGAUGGAUCCUAUAAAGGGCACCCCAUCGUAAUUGAGAAACGAAAGACACCAAAGGCAGCAAACAAAAAACCUGCUUUGUACAGAAGAACCACCAACAUCGGGCAAUCCCACUAUUAUGUGGAGUACCAUUCGUCUCACAAUGCAUGGAUGAACACCGACAUUUUUAGGAAGUAUAUCAAACGUUUGAAUGCAUCCUUCGUUUACGCCGGAAAAAGAUUUGCUCUCUUGGUGGACAAUGCAUCAGUGCAUAAAUUGAAAAAAGAAUUCAGCAACAUUAAGUUGAUUUUCCUUCCAGCAAAUGCAACAAGCAAGUUGCAGCCUUUGGAUGCCGGAAUCAUUGCGAACUUCAAGGCUCAAUUUCGUUGUUGGCACCAAUACUACAGGGCAGUGAACAAGUAUUUUGCCGGGUUAAGUCUCAAACAAUACAAAAUUGCAGGAUGUGAUGUACUCCCAUCUUUCGAGCUACCUUUAGACGAUGAUCUAGUAAGCCAAUUGAACGAAAUCAUCCCUGAACUUCCAGGAAAUAGAAGUAAUGAUGGGGCUCAAUUGGUAACUGAAGUAAACGACUUGGAUUUAAAUGCAGAGGAGUCUGAUGCAAUCGUUUUUAAUCCCGUGAAUGUUGAAUUUGAGGAUGGCGAUGAUGUUACCGAGGGAUCACAAGAGCUUGAGGUAGAGGAGGAACCAGAAGAGAUUUACGACGUUGACACGAAGGAAAUAAAGGAGAAGUUGAAGCAUGCGUAUGAAACUAUCUUGUACCAUACCAUCCCAAUAGAUGAAAAAGAAAAGUCCAUGUUGAAAACUAUCCGUAGGAAUCUGAACAAUAUCAGAUUGGAGGAAGUAGCAGAGAAAAAUCAAACAAAUUUACGUGAUUAUUUUGUUUAA